AUGGGCUUGGGUGACUACAGCCACUGCAGACAGAGGAUGUCCCGGGGACUCUACGGAGUCUCUGGAAGGGCUGCGCUGUGGUCCCCAGGCUUUCACCCAGUGCACCGCAUGCCUUGCGGCACCUGGCGCAUCGAAGCGCCGGAGCAAGCCCGGCCGGCCAGCCCGGUGCUGGAGCACCUCCGGAGGCAGCUGGAGCGUGCCUUCCAGCGGGCGGCGGCACGCGGGCGCGCCAGGCGCGCGCGGGAGGCGGUGGCGGCGGUGGCCGCGGCUGCGGCGGCAGCGCGGGAGGAGCGGAGCCGGGCGCGCAUGGAGUGCGCCCUGGCCCGGCUGCGCGCGGAGCUGCUGGAACUGCGUUUCCAGAACCACCAGCUGGCCCGAACUUUACUGGAUUUAAACAUGAAAAUGCAGCAGCUGAAGAAGAGGCAGGACCAGGAGCGCGCUUCCAAACCCCAGAGCCCGCAGGAUGAGGAGAUGAAUCCCGAGGGCGGAAACGCCUAGUGGAGAGCCUGAGCCUGCAACUCCGAAGCUAUCCCGAGUCCUCGCCAUAACAUAGGCCACUCCGAAACCCUUCUAGCAUUAACACUACUGAUGCUUUAUGUGCGCUCUGAGGGCCAGUUUGCUCAGCGAAAACUUAGGUGUAAGGAGGAAGUGGGACAAAAAGCUAA